AAAUUUGCAGGUUGCACCUGUACGAAGCCCUUCCAGGCCUGUUCUUCCUGAGUAGCAUCUCCGUUAUAGAUCGUGGAUCGAGACGCAAGCCUGACUCGUUUUACGCCUCGGCUGACAAGAUAGUCGAUUUCUUGUCUCCUUUGGAGAGAGCUGUUUCUUUCAUUGGGAUUGAUGUGGAGAGCUGAGUGAGAGUAUCCUGAGUCAUCAAGCCAAGUAAUAGUGGCCAUCUAGUCUGUCCAGUCUGGUUGCCAGCAAGCAACCAUGAAUCGGGGCGAUGGGGGAAGCUACCCAAGCUACUCACAGGGUUCGUUACGUCACUCACACCACCACCAUGGCCAUGGACACAGAGAACCAGAGAUUGUAUACAAGGUUGGCAUCUAUGGCUGGAGGAAGCGAUGUCUCUACCUACUUGUCUUGAUACUCAUGGCUGUCAUCACUGUUAAUCUCGCCCUGACCGUUUGGAUACUAAGGGUUCUAGACUUUUCACUUAAUGGCAUGGGUAAAUUCAAGAUAGCUAAAGAUGGUAUCCGUCUUGAAGGUACUGUAGAAUUCCUGAAGGCUUUUUAUACUGCACAAAUUACAUCUUUUAAGACUAAACCACUGGUCUUCCAGUCAGGGCACAAUGUUAGUAUCAAUGCUCGGAAUGGACUUACAAAUGUAACUGGUAGAUUUGUAGUAGGUGAUAGAACAUUAACAUCUCAUAGUGAGAGAUUUGUUAUAUACGACACUCAAGAUAACAUGAUAUUCUACGCAGAUGCAGAAGAAGUUAAAAUUGGAACGGAUAAAUUAACAUUCACAGGCCCUGAGGGAACAGUAUUUGAAGGUCCUGUAGAAACAUCAAGAGUUAUAGCACCAUCAGGAAAAAGCUUAGAUGUAGAAGCAUUAACAAGUAGUAUUCACAUGCAAGCCGGAGAUCGGAUGUUUCUACGUGGAGUGUCUGGAGACCUAUCAGCAUCAUGCCUAGCAGAUUUAAAACUUAGAGCUACAAAUGGAAGGAUAAUGCUUCAAUCUGAGAGCUUAGAAAUGAAGAACCUACCCAUAGCUGAUUCUAGCUCCUCCGCCACCUCAUCAACAGGUGUAUUUGAACUUUGCGUCUGUGAGAAUGGAAGAGUGUUCUUAGCUCCGCCCACCACAGGAUGCACACAAACAGACAUCUGCUUAUAACGGUCAAUCUCCAUUACCCUUGACCUUUGAUGACCUGUCACCAUAAUACCAUGAUAAAAUAACCUAUGACGUUAGCGAUCCUUUUUGUUGUUGUUUCAAAUGAAACUACAAUGACAUUGUUUAUAUUUCAUCUGGGGCCCUGUUUUAUGAUUUUCUUUUUUCAAUGACAGAAUGCUAUAUUAUUUCUAACUUGCUCUUGACCAAUCAAAUUUCACCAUUUUAGAAGCUUGUAACUUGCUGUUGACAACAUGUUUUUAUGAAACAGGGUUCCAGAUAUGAUGCUUUAUAUAAAUUUGGAUUCCAAGGUAGUCUAUUUAUAUUAAAACUUUGAAAGUGAAAUUCUAGUGUGCAUCUACAGCGUAUUACCAAAAUUUUAGAGUUUUUAAACAUUUGUUUGAUGUAGAAAGGCUAGAAUUAGAAAUAGUUUAUUCAAAUAUAGAUGAAUUUAUCUUGGAUUCUGGUGACAAGCCAUUUAUUCCUUUUUAUUUAUUAAUUGCAAUUUUGUAUAUGUUAUAAAACUUGUGUACAUUUUGAAAGACUACGACUGAUUUUCUUUUUGCAUUUGUUGUGCAUUUUUCUAACUUAUUUGUAUAUAUACAUUUUUGAUUGAUUUAUUUAGUCAUUGUAAUUUGUUUAGUGGCUGAAGCAUUUUUAAUGUGAUAUCUUAAUAAUCACACCAACAACUUGCUAAAUUCAAAAUUGAUUCAUUGAAUACAAUCAUUUUUUUUGUGACAGAAAUAAUCUGUUAACCAUAGUAAUAUGUAUUUCAAGUUCUUAUACCAAUGGAUGUGUGUACUUAUUGAUAUUUUUAAUUGCUUUAUUUUGUGUUUUAAUUUUGCAAAACAAAAGAAAUACCAUUCUUUAUGGAUUUUUCAUAUACCAUAGUAAACCAACAAAAUUAAAGGCAAUGUGAAUUUUAGGUUUAAUUUAAAAAGAAAGAGUACUACAAGUAAAAGGAAUAUAGGAAAAAGAAUUUUCAUGUCACAACUUAACAUUUGAAGUAUAAUAAUAAUAAUAAUAUAGGGUAUUUAUAUUGCGCACAUAUCCACCUUGUUAGGUGCUCAAGGCGCUCCUAUAUUACCCGGCUAAGCUAGCCGUUCAUAGCGCACACAGCUUUUUAAGGAAUUACUUCCUACCGGUACCCAUUUACCUCACCUGGGUUGAGUGCAGCACAUUGUGGAUCAGUUUCUUGCUGAAGGAAAUUACGCCAUGGCUGGGAUUCGAACCCACGACCCUCUGUUUCAAAGUCCGAAGACUAAUCCACUGGGCCACAACGCUCCAACAAAAACUACCUGCUUCCAUUUAAAAAGAGAAAGUGAGAGAGUGAAUGAUUAGACUGUUCAUUGUGGCAAGAUAUUAUUUAUUUAUUUUUUUCAUAUUCUAUGGAGGCUUUUAGUAGGUACAUGUUUAUUAUCAUUUUUUUUUUUUAGGGGGGGGUCAUGCAUAUAAGAUGUAAAACUAAAUUUUUGUCCUUGCCAAUGCUAAACAGGAUUCAUGAGUUCCUUGAACAAAAUGGUAUUUUAUCGAAUGGAAAAACCCUGUCUAAAGACAUGACAUGUAUGAGUAUUUUAUGGGUGUUUGAUUGACGUUUGUGAAGUGAACUUCCUGUAUAAAAGGAUGUCACCUUUUACACACUUUAUUAUACAUAGGCCUCAAACCAUCUUUCCUGGUUCUGUGCAAUUAAUGUAAUAGGAUGGCAUUCUCAAUACAAAGGGUUCUUCAACUCUUCAAAGAAAUUUAAGAAAAAUCAAAGUGGGUUGCGAGAAUGCUUGCUUUAUUUUUCAUUUCCUUUAGCUUUUAUAAUAAUUCACUUCCCUAUUUAUUGUAUGAUUUUAGUUAAGUACAGCAACUUGAUUUUGGAACGAACUGCCGAAUAGUUUAAUAUAAAAAGCAUCUCUAAUGUCAUGUCGGAACACUUCUUUUGAUGAUUUCUGUGUUAUAGUCAAUUACAUGUAGGUAUGCCUGUCUAAGUACUGUAUGUUUUGUGGUGGUGUACAAAAAAAAACCUCUUCACUCUUCAUUUUGUCCAUUGUUGCACAUGAAAAUGAAACCAAAUCAUGAAUAUCGCUAUGCUGAUUGCUGAAUAUCACUAUCAAUAUACUGAAUAAAUGUCAGGGGUAGUACUGAAAGUAUCUGAAUGCAGAAGAGAACGGUUUGUGUAGUUAUUUAUUGUAUAGGGCUUUUACUGGUAAUAAGAAUUGAUUUGAAAUGGACUUCAUAUUCUUUUAGUGUUUCAGUGAUGGAUACAAAAAAUCACAUUGACUAAACUGUUUGGUGUUUCAUAAAGGUGUUUGUAAGUUAUGCAUUGCUUCAAACACAAAGCAAUAGUGACCCUUUGUCAGGUGCUGAAUACGGUAAGAUUCUCAAUAAUUUUGAUUCCUAUCAGUUAGACCUGGGGACUGUUUCUUCAAACUUGUUAUGAUAACAAAACUGCAAUAACAGUUAAAAGCUACUGAAAUCAUUCAAUCUGAUUGGCUGAUAGUAAAUUUUUGUUGUAGAAAUCAUUCAUUUGUUAUUAUAACAAGUCUUUAUAAAACAAGACCUUGAAAUCUGAUUUCUGUAGACGAAAUUUUUUUUUCAACAUUGUUAAAAUAGGGUUGAUCUCAUUUAUUGCAAAAUGUCUAACGUUUGUGCAUAAUGGGGCAUUUUGACAAUCACUUCGCAGACGCUUUCUGUAACGCUGAUAAUCUUUUGUCAAAAGCCCUUCAUAAUAUAGCAGUCUUUGUCGAAAAUCGGUGAAUCAAAACAGCAGUGUCGUCCUGGACUCUGGACAAACGACAUAUUUGCAAUUUUUCGUCCGAUCUUAAAUCUCAAGACGAUGUGUUGAUCCGGUCCACCGACUUACAACAAUGAACUCUAAUCUGUCCAAUGGUGCGUUGUAGAAAGUGUCUGUGAAGUGCUAAAAUACGCAAAUGGGCAUAACUUACAAAUUGCUUUGUGAAACAGUCCCAGAUCCUAAAGCCAUAGGUAUCCAUGUUUUUGUUGAGUUUUUAAAGAAUGGGUGAAUGAUAGUUACAUGUAUUUCCUGAAAUGUAUUCUUUACCACAGUACCUUGUUGAUUGUAGUACAAAACCUUGAAAUGUGAGAUAUAUAUGUACAUGUAUAUAAAUAUUAUUGUUAUUUAUUAAUUCCAAGUGUGAUUCAUGUUGUUCAAAUUUGUUAAAAGUGGACUAAUUUAUACUGUGUACUAGGAAUAUCUAAGAUGGGAAAGAUUAGGUUUUGAUUUUCAUCAGAAAUUUAUACUGAAAUUAUAUAGCACUUACACUAAAUCUCAACACUUUUGAUUUUCCCUCUUGGAAACUUAACUCUAUCCCCCCCUGGCAUGACUGUAAAAUGGGAUAUUGGAAAGAAUGAUGAAUGAAAUUCAUUUUCAUUUUAGUGAAAUUGGUAUGUAAGUAGUAGUUGUAUUUAUUUCUUCUCUUUGUUAGAUUUUCUAAAGUGUGGAUCAUUAAACACUUCAGUUGUUUAUUGAUAAAAAAAUGUCAUGGAUUUUAAUAAACACCUUGAUGGAUUUUAACUGAAAACUAAGAUUGCUGUAUGACAAAAAGUCUGCAUAUGGAUAUUCAGAAGUCUUUGGAAUAACAUCUUACAGGAAACGAAAUGUUGCAAUGUAAAAUUAUUCUGUUUUCUAGUCAAUAUUUGUUUACAUUGGACAGCUUAAGCUUUUAUUGAUGUGAAAGUGGUUUGAGGAUUUGUGAGCAACUUAAGUAGUAUAAAACAACACCUUGUAACAUUUAUUUUUACCAAACAAGACUAUUAAUCUGCUUGAUGGAUGAAGUAGUUAUCAAAACUAACAUCACAAGUCAAUCAUUUUAAUUUCACAUCAAGAUUGUCAUAUUCUAGGUCUAAGUGCAUUCUUGGUGGUCUCAAUAUCUCAAGCAAUUAACCAAUUGUCUUUUCUUCUUCGUAGCAAACUAACAUAAAAGGUUGAAAGUAUGAUGCCCUGAAAUUACUUCAUUUUGUUAUAUUAUCAAAAUUUUGCUUUAAAACAGAUUCAUGGACAUCUAUGUGCAUCUUUUUUUUUCGCUCAGAAUUGCAAACAUGUUUCCUUGGUGGCAUCAAAAUGCUGUGUUUACUAAUUUUUUACUUUUAUAGUAUAAUUGGUAACUCAUUAUUUUAUUCCUUGUAUUUUUCUUCUUAAGAGGCUGUUUUUCUUCUUGCCGUGGUUAUAUCAAUAUGUUACUUUAAAACAAAUGAACAAACACAUUACCUCAUGAUAGCAUUUUAUUUGUCUUGGACAGUAAGGGGAUAAUUCAUAUUCUUGAAAGUGAACAAUUUCUUGCUGUCAAAAUGAAAAAAGUGACCUACCUAUUGCAUGCAGCAAAAGAGGGAUAUCUAAUGUAGUCAAGAUUUUAUUGAAGAUGACAGCUUAAAUUUUUGCAAAAUAUUUUGAUAAUGUACUAUUUUAUGUAGAGGUUAUGUUUGUGUUGUUAUGUAUUCAAAUCUUCAAGCCGAUGUAUUCAAUAUAAGCUCAAUUGAGGGCGAUAUUUGUAUGCCA